AUGGUAUCUAAGCUUCUUUCCUGCUUAAUUAUUGCUGUGUCUUACCAUCAUGUCAUCGGUCCAUUUAGCGCCCCGCCAGUUCCGCUAAAUGUGGCGGACAUCCUCCCGCCCAGCCCCAAUCAUGAAAUUCCAGAAGCUUUCGCCGACCACAAAACCUAUUAUGAAAGGCUUACUCCUUCUGAAAAGUUCCUCGGAGCAUCAGAGAUGUCAGAAGCCAGAACAGCGUCCGGUCAACCGCCUGAUGAAAUAUUUCCGCCAGGGACUCUCAAAAACUACGUGGCGACCCAGGUAACCCGUUGGAUUCUAGACCCCACGACCUCGUACGGCAGUUUAUGCUCCGACACACAAACACAAUGGAAGUAUAUCGGCACAAUUUUCAAUGAGCUCGACGAUGAAGGCCAAGCAGAUGUGAGAAAGUACUUAAAAGACAACGGCGUCGUGGUUUCAGUAAUAGACAUGAUUAAUGUCAAACGACUCGAAUGGUUCAUGAAGCGCGCGAACCGCCCGGUCUGGUGGACCGCGCAUUUCAUGCCGGCGUUGUGGUUUCCAAACCGCCAGCUGGUUGGUGAAGACUUGAGCCUAAUCACAAUUGGCGACAUCCUUCAAUUUGAAAAAAAAGAAAGUGAUUUCAAAUCCGUGGCCUCAUUUCGAGAAGUCACCAAUAAGUUCAGAGAACUUGACGAGGUUUUUCGCCAGCAUCAUUCCAUUGCCCUUCAGAGAACGGGUUAA